UCAGCGAAACAUCGUAUAUUUCACUAAGUCUGCGACGGUAGAUGCAAAUAUUGCAAGUAUUUUGUGAAGUUUCUGAAAUUAAACGAGGCGCAGGAUAACUUAACCGGCACCCAGCAGGUUGCACUCGCCGUGGUUUAUGUUUCACGUUCAGUAGAUCAGAAAGCGAUCUUUGUGAUGUCCAUUACCUUAGAAACAUUCCCCGAAAAGAAAAUUACUACAUUUAGAACGGCGGUUUCUUCUGAACGGAGAUUUUUCAUCUCGCAUGUUUGCGGCGUUGCUGACACGCAGCCAGAGGAUUUCACCAUGAGGUUGCUACAUGUCGCUCUUCUGCACUGCUGCUUCGUCUGUUCAGUCUUACUCAACACUGAUGCCAAAUUGGACCUAGCAUCGGAAUUUAAAAAAAGGUUGAACGCCUGGACUUUAAGCCGAGCGAAGAGAGACUUGAAAACUUCGAGCCUGAAGACCCAAGUGGUGGCAGCGAGUAACCAACAGUUUGUGAGGUCGGAAGACGUGAAGGAAAACCUAAACUUAAACGUCCUGUCCGGUUCAGAUGUGCAUAUCCGUAUGAAGCGCAACCGGCACGGGUUGUCACGUUUUCCACAAUUCCAGCUGAACCGACCCAGCUGCCAACUGGGGACAUGCCAGGUCCAGAAACUAAGCCACCGCUUAAACCAACUCCUCAACAACCCGGAGAAGGACGGCAUGGCUCGGUGGAGCACGUGGAGCCCCAAUAGCUACGGCAGGAAACGGCGGUCCGUGCGAUCCAAAAUAGCGCUGACGCUGCCUCGAGAACAAGACUCACUGGCAAGGACAUAAUGGGGUGUCCUCUGACAGGACACACAAACAUGCAGGACUACAACUGCAGAACUAUCGGCUAGAAUCAAUGACUUCACUUGGACAUAGGAGUUCCGAUGGCAAAUUCAGACUUCAUAACUUUACAAGCUGCCAAAUUUGCCAUAUUUUUGUUUGGCGAAAUUUCAGAGCGAAUUGAAUGGAAUAAAAGAGCGCCACCUCUCAGCAUACGUGUGGGAAUCAAAGGUUCACACCCUUCAUAGCGUCAAAUUCCAGCCCAUAAUCUGCAGACUGCAUUUAAACUGUUGUUUUUUUUUCUAUUUGGAUUACAGGGAGUCUAAAAUCCUGCUCGUAGAAAAAUGAUUGCAUCAUACUUGAAAGCACCUUCUAUUACAGAAAGUGCAAUUGAUGUUUUAAUGUAUGAAAUGCAUUGUAUAUAAAAUUGUUUAAACUAUUUAAAUGUAACAUUUUUUAAUUUCCUAUACCUGUACAUCUGGAAAUAUAAUUAUUUUUAUACGUGAUAACAAUGUAUAAGGGCAUUGCAGUAUCAACAAUCUUAGAAUCGUCUGUCCAUUACCUUGCAGAUGGACAUGGUCACUAAUUACCUGAUUUCUCGUGUACGUCCAGACAUUGUAUAUGUUGUACAAUUUAUUUUUAUCAUAAUUAUGGAAAACAAUAAAUAUCUGUCUUAAUGAA